AUGGCCAGGAGUCACCCUGCGUCCCGCUGGACGCUAAUGCUCUCCGUGGUCGUUCUUAUCGCAUGCAUUGUUGUUCCCGGAUUGACCGUGAAACAUGAGAACUUCAAGACAUGCGAACAGUCCGGGUUCUGCAAACGGAACCGAGCCCUCGCCGACAAUGCCUCCGCCCAAGGCGCGUCAUGGAGCUCGCCAUACGAGCUGGACCCCGCUACUAUCCACUUCAAGGAUGGCCAAUUGACUGGCAUGCUGAUCAAAACCACCGCGAACAACGAAAAAGUCCACUUGCCACUGACGGUUUCAUUCCUCGAAUCCGGUGCUGCUCGUGUCCUUGUUGAUGAAGAAAAGCGCAUGAAGGGCGACAUCGAGGUCCGACACGGCAGCAAGGUCAACAAGAAGCGUUAUGAUGAGGCGGAGAAGUGGGUUGUCGUUAGUGGCUUGGAAACCAGCAAGUCGGCCACCUUGAACGCCCAAACCGAGACGGGCUUCACCAAUGUUCUCUAUGGACCAAACGAUAAGUUCCAGGCGAUUAUUCGACAUGCACCAUUCGAGGUGGAUUUUCAGAGAGAUGGCGAGACUCAUGUGCAGGUCAAUCAUCAAGGUCUGUUGAACUUGGAGCACUGGCGGCCCAAGGUCGAAGGCAAGGAGGGCGAGUCUGACGAAGACGAGAGCACUUGGUGGGAAGAGACGUUUGGCGGCAACACCGACUCGAAGCCUCGUGGCCCUGAGAGUGUUGGUCUCGACAUUACCUUCCCUGGAUAUACCCAUGUGUUUGGUAUUCCCGAGCACGCUGACUCGCUUUCACUCAGAGAGACUAGAGGUGGAGCUGGCAACCAUGAGAAUCCUUACCGGAUGUAUAACUCCGAUGUCUUUGAAUAUGAGCUCAAUAGCCCCAUGACUUUGUAUGGGUCGAUUCCCUUCAUGCAAGCUCACCGCAAGGGAUCUACCGUCGGAGUCUUCUGGCUGAAUGCUGCCGAAACUUGGGUUGAUAUCGUCAAGAAGGCUGCUUCUUCGAACCCGCUGUCCAUGAGCUCGCACACCAAGAAGGAUACCCAGACUCACUGGUUUUCCGAGGCCGGUCGAAUCGAUCUUUUUGUUUUCCUUGGACCUACUCCCCAGGAUAUCAGCAAGACCUAUGGUCAGCUCACAGGCUAUACUCAGCUUCCUCAGCACUUUGCCAUUGCCUAUCAUCAAUGUCGCUGGAACUACGUUACCGAUGAGGACGUCAAGGAGGUGGACUCAAAGUUCGACAAGUACCAGAUUCCCUACGAUGUGAUCUGGCUCGACUUGGAUACUUCACAUGGGGAUCCGCUCACCUUCCCCAACCCGAAGGGCAUGCAGGAAAAGCUUGACGAAUCUGAGCGGAAGCUUGUUGUCCUCAUUGACCCGCACAUUAAAAACAAGGACAACUACUAUGUCUCUCAAGAGCUGACCAGCAAGGGUCUCGCUGUCCUGAACAAAGAUGGUGAGAUCUACGAUGGAUGGUGCUGGCCGGGCUCAUCGAACUGGGUGGACUGUUUCAACCCGGCUGCGCUGCCCUGGUGGAGCAGCCUGCACAAGUACGACAAGUUCAAGGGAUCGAUGCCCAACUUGUUCAUUUGGAACGACAUGAACGAGCCAUCCGUGUUCAACGGGCCCGAAACUACCAUGCCCAAGGAUAACAUACACUACGGAGAUUGGGAGCACCGUGAUGUUCACAACGUGAAUGGUAUCACUCUUGUCAAUGCUACCUACCAGGCCAUGCUGGAGCGCAAAAAGGGUGAGGUCCGCCGGCCCUUCAUCCUGACCCGCUCUUACUACGCUGGGGCCCAGCGUAUGUCUGCUAUGUGGACUGGAGAUAACCAAGCUACCUGGGAUCACCUGGCUAUUUCUCUGCCCAUGGUUCUGAACAACGGUAUCGCAGGAUUCCCCUUCGCUGGCGCUGAUGAGCUUCUGAGUCGCUGGUACCAAGCUGGCAUUUGGUAUCCCUUCUUCCGUGCCCAUGCUCACAUUGACACUCGUCGUCGUGAGCCAUACCUGAUCAGCGAGCCGCACCGAACUAUUAUCUCCCAGGCAAUUCGUCUUAGGUAUCAGCUUCUGCCUGCAUGGUACACUGCCUUCCACGAGGCUUCUGUCAACGGAACACCCAUUGUGUACCCUCAGUACUACCUCUUCCCUGAUGAUGAGCAAGGCUUUGCCAUUGAUGACCAGUUGUACCUGGGCAAGACUGGUCUCCUUGCCAAGCCCGUUGUCAAGGAGAACACCUUCACCACCGACAUCUAUAUUGCUGAUGACGAGAAGUACUAUGACUACUUUGACUUCACCGUCUACCAGGGUGCAGGCAAGAGACAUACUGUCCCUGCCCCAGAGGACAAGAUACCUCUAUUGAUGCAGGGUGGCCACAUCGUUCCCCGUCGGGACCGCCCUCGCCGCAGCAGUGCCCUCAUGAAGUGGGAUCCCUACACCUUCGUCAUCACUCUCGGUAAGAACGGCGAAGCCGAGGGUAGUAUCUACGUCGACGACGGAGAGACUUUCGAUUAUGAGCGCGGUGCCUACAUCCACCGCCAAUUCCACUUCCGCGAUUCUGUCUUGACUUCUGAGGAUCUCGGCAUCAAGGGAGCCAAGACCGGUGAAUAUCUUAAAACCAUGGCGGGCGUCACUAUCGAGCGUAUUAUUGUCGUUGAUCCUCCCACCGAGUGGAAGGACAAGAACAGCGUCAUUGUUAUCGAGGAUGGAGCUAAGGCUGGGUCCACAGCCUCGUUGGAAUAUUAUGAACAGCAAGGUGGCAAGGCCGCUUAUGCCGUUGCCAAGAGCCCUAAUGUCGGCAUUGGAAAGACGUGGCGGAUAGAGUUCUGA